AUGGGCCAUAGCCUGGCCAAGGUCUUCGGUAUCGACUUGCAUUACCGGAACGAGACUGGCUCGGAACGGAUAACGAGAGGAGAAAGUGUUUUUACUAUUGACUCGGCCGAUACGUAUGUUGAGGGCGAGCCCACUGCAAAGGAAUGGAUUCAGGACACCUUGCCCACCAGUGAGGAGUUGAGACAGUAUUGCUACAGUCUUUUUCCCUUUAUCCACUGGAUAGGGCAUUACAAUGUCCAAUGGUUGGUUGGAGAUCUCGUUGCGGUUGGCGCUGUUGUUGUCCCGCAAGGAAUGGCCUAUGCAAAGCUCGCUGAGCUCCCAGUCGAGUUCGGUUUGUACUCCUCAUUCAUGGGCGUGCUCAUCUACUGGUUCUUCGCUACCUCCAAGGACAUUACCAUCGGUCCCGUCGCGGUUCUAUCUACAGUAACUGGCAGCGUUGUGCUGGCAGCGGAACAGAAACUCAAAGGCCAGGACAUCUCCAAAGACAUGAUCGCAUCCGCUCUAGCCGUCAUCGCUGGGUCCAUUGUUCUGUUCCUAGGUCUCAUCCGCAUGGGCUGGAUUGUGGACCUCAUCUCGCUACCUGCUAUUUCUGCAUUCAUGACUGGAUCUGCGCUCAGUAUCGCCGCUGGACAGUUUCCUGCGAUGAUGGGAAUUACAGGCUUCUCGACUCGUGAUCCCACAUACAAGGUCGUUAUCAACUCGCUCAAGCAUCUUGACCGAACCGACCUCAACGCUUCCUUUGGUCUGACCUGCCUCUUCCUCUUGUACGCCAUCCGGUCUACGUGUGGACUACUUGCGAAGCGUUUCCCAAGCCGGGCUAAGCUAUUCUUCUUCCUCAACACACUGCGUACUGUAUUUGUCAUCCUGCUUUACAUCCUGUUCAGCUACCUGGCCAACCGCGAGCACCGCGCCAAUGGAACCAAGCCAAUCGUAAAAACACUCGGAACUGUUCCACGAGGAUUCCAACACGCCCGUGUACCGAAAAUCACCAUUCCUAUCAUCCAGUCAUUUGCCACCCAGUUGCCCUCUACCGUAAUCGUGCUUCUGAUUGAGCACAUCUCCAUUGCCAAGUCGUUCGGCAGAGUAAACAACUAUGUUAUCAACCCAUCGCAAGAGCUCGUCGCUAUCGGUGUAUCCAACUGCCUUGGCCCCUUUCUCGGAGCCUACCCCGCGACUGGCUCCUUCUCGCGUACUGCUAUCAAGUCCAAGGCCGGUGUACGCACGCCCUUUGCGGGUGUCAUUACCGCUGCAGUGGUACUUCUCGCAAUCUACGCUCUUCCGGCCAUGUUUUGGUACAUUCCGAAUGCGACCCUUUCGGCAGUUAUUAUCCACGCAGUGCUCGAUUUGAUCACACCGCCAAACACUGUGUACCAAUUCUGGAGGAUCUCGCCACUCGAAGUCUUCAUCUUCUUUGCCGGUGUGCUUGUCACAGUCUUUUCUAGUAUCGAAAACGGCAUCUAUGUUACCGUCUCUGUCUCCGCAGGCAUGUUUGCCUUCCGCCUGUUCAAAGCCAAAGGUCGCUUCAUGGGCAAAGCCAAGAUCCACUCGGUCGUUGGCGACCAUCUCCUCGAUGUCACCGAUGAUGACAAGCGCACCCCCGGCGCCCGACAAAAGCCCUCUGAAGGCGAGCACUCUAUCCGCGAAGUCUACCUACCCAUCGACCACAAAGACGGCUCCAACCCCACCAUUCAACUCGAGGACCCUUACCCAGGCAUCUUCAUCUACCGCUUCAGCGAAGGCUUCAACUACCCCAACGCAAACCACUACCUCGACCAACUCACCGAAACAAUCUUUUCGAAAACCCGUCGCACAAAUCAAGCAACCUACAACACGCUCGGCGAUCGCCCCUGGAAUGACCCCGGCCCACGCCGCGGUAAGAGCGCAAGCGACACUCCCGACGAGCGCCCAACGCUCAAAGCCAUCAUCCUGGACUUUUCCUCCAUCAACAAUGUGGACCUCACAAGUAUCCAGAACCUCAUCGACGUGCGGAACCAACUCGACAAAUACGUCGCUCCCGACACGGUAGACUGGCACUUUUGCAACAUCUCCAACCGCUGGACCAAGCGCGCCCUCGCCGCCGCCGGCUUCGGCUACUACACCCCCGAGCCCCUCGACUCGGGCAUAACACACCGUUGGAAGCCCAUCUUCAGCGUUGCCGAAAUCGGGGGCUCAGACUCCGCUGCCGCUGAGGCGGAAGCGCGGGAGAACCUCAUGGCGAAACGCACGCUGAGCCAGGUGCGCAGUCACGAUAUCGAGGCCGCGAGGGGCAUCAAAGAUGAUGCGGGUAGUAUGAGCACGGAAAACGACAGCAUUAAUAAACAGCUCGAGACUAGUCGUGCGUAUGGGGCUACCGAGCGCGAUAAUAGGGUCGGACGGAUUGCUGUGGUGCAAGGGCUUAAUCGGCCGUUGUUCCAUGUGGAUGUUACGGCUGCGGUUAAUAGUGCGUUGGCGAAUGUGAGGAGGAAGAAUCACUAG